CAAGAAAGUACGGUUGUCAUUGCACAAGAUUCAGUCAAAGGUCUUCUUUCUGACGGCACGCAGUGGCCAGCUUCAUACCACCAGGUGUCAGCCAUGCUCCUUCCUCGAUAAGCGUUGGUUGCAGGCGGUAAUAAUGACCGAAGACGCCGGUCAAAAAUGAUCCUCCCAACUCGUGUUGGUGCGGCGGCGUCAGCCGAUCCCUUCGUCAACGCGAGCCGAUCCAGCACAACCGACUCUUCAGGAUGGGGUUCAUACGGCAAGAAUGGCUCCAGUCGCCCCAAAGCAAGUCCUACGAGGUUGUCGACUUCUGUAAGCAGGAGAGGCCGCAGGCACAAGAGAAAGCCAUGGCCCAGUAGGGCCAGCGACAUGCUCUCGAAGGCCUUUUACUCUCACGGACAGCGAAUCUCUCGACAUCAGAUCAGGACGCUGCUCGUCUGCUCUCUUGUGAUUUGUUCGCUCUUUUACCCAGCCGCCGGGAUCUUCUUGUGGUCAUCCAAAGGCGGGCCUGGAAUGAUGCGAGGCGACGCCUCGGCUCUCUGGCAAAGCUUGUCGACUCCGCUGCUCGACUCGUUCGCGUCUUCUGAGCGACGGCACUAUAACUCUCUGCGUGAUUUGCGCAUGAUCUGGGACGAUGCCGAUGAUCUAAGAGCCGUCGACCCGCGGGAUGCAGCUAUGAUCUUCUCCAAGGACACGGCCGAGGUUUGCUUUUCGGGCGACCAGCCUAGGACCGCUAAUACCGAGCCGCACCCUUUAUUCCCUUUCGGAGGAUUGCCAGACAUUUUGGGCGAUGGAGACAGGGGAGACAAUGAUCCUGAUCGAGAGGCAAAGACAGAAACAAGACUGGGAAAACCAGAAAGACAGCCUCUUUGCCGCUCCGUCAGGGUAGAGCACGUUUUCCUGACGACCGACGAUGUCCUCGGCGGCCGUGGGUCUCGUUUCGGAGUGCUCGAUACGACCAUCCUGCAAUCCGCAUUGAGCUUACAGAGAGCCAUAGAAGACCAUAUGUGGUCUCAAACGCUCAACGAGUCUUUGUCAGAAACAUCGUUUGCACGCAAGGCACCGCUCAUGUGCAUACAGGCUCGGACGCUUGAUCCGGCGCCCUCCGACAUGCACCGUGGCAGUCGCUGUCUGAGUCUGUCGCCACUCGACUACUGGACGUCUUCCAUGGCUCAGCUGUCCUCUGAUGCCGAGCCGCACCAGACGCUGCGCAACAAUGAGCAGCACAUCAACUACAAGGGUGUACCACUCGCCAUUCCCAGCACAUUAUCUGGCCGCUGGCACCUUUUCAACAAGUUUCCCAGAGCUGAGUAUCUCGCUAUGACAUUCUUCCUGGAUGCUGAAGGUGAAGGUGGUAGCGACAUUGGAAAGGAGGGCCACAGCGAUGCACAUCGUGCAUGGGUCCAGAUGCUCUCAAAUAUCACUGGAGGGCGGGUCACUUUGAUUGGAGCCGAUCAGAGACAGUCCAAGGAGCUACUGUUGCAGUUCCGGCCCUCGCGAGAUCGCGUCAUCACCAUCCCUCGUGUGCUGCUCACCAUAGGGUACAUUGCCUUGGUCAUCUACAUCUCCCGUAGCCUCGUGGGCAUAAAGCGUGUGCACUCCCGCUUCGGUCUUAUCUUCACAGGGGCGAUCGAGCUGAUCAUCGCUAUGAUAAUGAGCAUCAGCGUAUGCUCGCUGCUUGGUAUUCGUCUCGCGUUGGUGCCUUGGGAAAUCAUGCCCUUCGUGAUACUGGUCGUCGGCUCGGAAAAUAUGUUCGUCUUGACAAAAGCAAUGGUCUCGACGCCGGUUUCAUUGCCGGUAUCCACUCGCAUGGCGCUGGGCUUGGCGUCUGUUGGGGUGUCGAUCACGCUGACUGUCGCCUCCGAUGUUCUCCUAAUAAGCGUAAUUGCGAGCGUCACGCCUGUCGCUGCCGUUCGCGAAUUCUGCAUUUUUGCCAUUUGCCUUCUCAUCAUGGACUGGUUCCUACAAAUCACCUUCUUCGUCACCAUUCUCAGCGUCGACAUGCAGCGUCUCGAGUUGGCCGAUAUACUGACUCAAGGCGGAAAAGACGAUACCCUCUCCGCUGAGCCUGUAAAGCCGAGACCUUCUGCCCCUAUGCAUGACGUCAACGGGCUUUCGAACGACCGUUUCAGGAGCAGAAAGAGCCCGCAGGGGAUAGUUCAGCUAGGUGCUCGUGCGAUUUGGCGCGCAAGGACCGCGCGUACAGCCAGUCUGUCGCUGCUGCUGGCCUUAAUGUUCGGUUUGUACCUCUAUUAUGGUACCGGUUAUGUGCUCGAGCAGCCGACAUACAGCCUCAAGCAUGCUUCGAUUGCGUCAGCGACGACGAACGCGUCGGCGCUCGGAUUCGACCCAAUUGCACACUUAGCAACCGGUGACGACGUUUCUGUCGACUUGGCGCCAUGGUGGACACACUCUCCGUCGGCAACGCUCUGGCAAAGCAUCAAUCCUGAUGGUGCUGCGCACGUCCGCUUAAUAGUCGAGCCGUGGAGCAUCGUUUCCCUAUGGUCGGCGCGGCGGCAGGCUCCUCGUCCCAGCUCGUUAGCGCGCUCUUUCGCUGGCUGGGCACUGUUCCGCCCGCGCAUCCGAGCGAUCAUUUGGCUUCUCAAGAUCGUCUUUCUGCCCAUAUCUGCAACGACUGCCUUGCUUUGGGUCCUCUUGCUCUACCUGCUGAAGGACACAGAGCUGCUCGAGGCGCAGCGCGACAAAGAUAGGCCGCUGCAAGACAACACGCUGUGGUCGCAUGACGGCUCCAUGUCUCGCAUCGACGAGACGUUCGAUGUGCGGUUGCAUCAGAAGCAGAUGUCUGCAGAUGUUCAACUCAUCGCAGAAUCUCCCAAAUUCCUAGCCAUAGUCGACUUAAUUGGCAGCAUCAGUAUCGGCCCUAAGGAACCAUUGCCAGGCAUCGCCUCUUCGAUAUGGACACGCCUUUCCUCUACGCUCAGCUCUGAACUUCGCUCGCAGCAGGACGUCGUCACAAGCGUCUGCCUUGAUGAAACCCUUGGAGUUGCACUGUUCGGCACCCGUCUUGGUCGCAUCCAUAUCAUUUCCCUAUUCAGGGGAACACAGCAGCCUGGCAUCGCUUCCCCCUCGCCCGAAGGCAAUGCAACUGGCAUCACGUGGCUCAGCACCGUAUCGAAAGGCCAUACAGAAGUCUGCGCUACACGGACGCUAAUUGUUGCUGCUCACAGCGAUGGUUCUCUCAGAGAACACGAGGUCUCUGGCAAUGGGCCCACUGUCGUGGCUCCGGCGGACAUGUCCACCCCUUGGACUGGAUUCGAAAUGCCAAUGUCGUGCCUCCAGGUCGAUUCGAAUGUCCAUGCUGACGAAUACACUGCGGUAGCGCUCGCAUCCCUGUCGGGUCGUGUCGUGGUCUAUGUGCACACCAGGCUCUCUGGGCAGUGGGCGCGGCUGGCCAGCCUCGAGCUCGGCUCAGGCCAGGUCGCUCGCAGUGCCGCGCUUCUUUCAAGGGGCAGGGUCCUUCCAUCUCCUGCCGUUUCUGAUCACAGUGACAUGGCGGUGUCCGACCUGUCGCAUCUGCAAUCCGUAUUGAUUGGUACGAAUGCCGGCAUUCUGCGGGUAUUUGGAGUCUUUGGCAAGACACCGACGCAUAGCCUUGACCUAGGAGGCGGUUCGAUCUCCAGGAUCAUGCUUCCCACCACCACGAAUACAUCUGAUCGCUAUGUGCUGGCUGCCAUCGCUACCCGGAGCCACAUCUGGUUCGUGAAAAUAUGGUCGAUUGGAAGCAUGUCCACCUCAAUGUCUUCGUCUGCUUUGGACACAAAGACGUCUCCCUACAACAGUUUGAGUGGACCCCCGAAGACACCAACCAAGUUAAGGCCCCCGCUCUCCAAUGGAGCUUACGUCGUGGGUCUCAAUAGUGGUGAAGACGCAAGCCUACGUUCGCCAACGACAGACUUGGCAUACCCAAUGUCUACCCACGGCAGCCGGAACCGCAGAGCGAGCAGCUAUGCCAUGCGCACUGAGAGGAGCAAUGGUGGUCUCGACACGGACAGCGAUGAGCCCAUCAGCAUUGCAGGCGUCACCAGCUGUAAUCGUGGCUCAGCUGAUGUGGUAGAUCAUUACCUGGUCGGCAUUCGACGUUCCAAGCUGCAAGUAUCACCAGCGGACUAUUUUUCUCAAGAUCCAGAUCCGUCUCGCUCAAGGUGGCAAGUCUUUGCGGUGGACUUGCACAAGCCUUUGGAGGUGGCAAAUGGCGAGGCGAAGAUUGCCAGCGCUUCCGUCUCUCUCGAAGAGGUGCAAUUGCUGCAAGACCUUCCUAUCUUCAGCCGUAGUACGGACGCGGCAGACUUGCUGGCAUUCGCAGACAUCCGUCAGGUGCAGAGUAGCGCGGACAAGCAGUCACUCUUCUUUGCGUUUGGCAAUGUUAUCGGAGAGAUUGUUCCCUUCGACCAAGGGCAUCGUGCAGUGCAAAAUCCAUCGCAAAGACUCAAAUCUCCUUAAUUCGCAGUCGGCAUGCAUCCGAGCGCACAGCAACCUCACACCUGUAUUUCUAGACACGGCUUCCUUCGCAAUUUAGAUGCCCACUGUUUAC